UCAGUUUAAGACACAUUUCGGCAUCCUUUCGUGAAAGUUUCCCGUUAUUUCAAUAUUAUAUUUAGCCAGUUAGCGAAUUUGAAAAUUUUAAAAGUUCCAAAGAAAGAUCGAAUAAUAUCUACUUUUUAUCCAUCACAAUGGGCUCGGAAGACAGGCAAGUAGGUUAUAUUCCAGUAGCAAGGGAAGACCCAACGGAAUCGCACAAGGGAAAUGGGAUCGAGUUGCAAAGCUUCGGAAAGCUGCAAUCGCUCGACAAGCUCGCCAUGGGAGUCUCCAUCGAACCCACCAACCGAAAAUUUCUAUACGCUGCAGCCCUCACAGUUAACAUUAGCUCCUUUGUGGCUGGUAUAACAUUUGGAUGGACAUCACCCAUGAUCCCAAAACUAAACGGCCAAGAAGACCCUCACUUGAAUCCCGUUCAACCCCCCAUCACGCCCACUGACGAGUCUUGGAUCGGUUCUUUACUUCCCCUAGGGGCUGGGAUUGGACCAUUCGCUGCCGGAUUCUUCCUUGACAGGAUUGGAAGGAAAAAGACACUCCUUGCAUCGAACGUACCGUUUCUGGUAGCCUUCAUAAUGUUUGCAGUUUGUUCAGAAGUAAAGUACUUCUAUAUCGGACGGUUCCUUUGUGGUGUAGCAGUCGGUGGUAUAUUUACGGCACUGCCCAUGUACGUAGCAGAAAUAUCAGAUGACGCAAUCCGUGGUACAUUGGUAUCGUUCUUUGAAUUGUUUAUGGUAGCAGGUCUACUCUUUGCUUACGCCGUUGGACCCUACAUCUCCAUGGCAGUAUUCAAUUAUAUAUGUGCCGUUUUAUCUUGUAUAUUCAUGGCGGUAUUCUUCGUUUUCAUUCCGGAAAGUCCUUACCAUCUGGUGGCUAUCAAAGACGAUAAAGCCGCGUCCGAAGCUUUAGCGAAAUUCCGUGCAAAAUCCGAAAAUGCAGUUCAGAAAGAACUGUUCUUUAUCAAAGGCGCUGUUGAAGAAGCCAUGGCGAACAAUGCCAAUUUUUUCGAUAUCUUUAAGUCAAAAGGAGCUACAAAAGCUCUUAUUAUAUCUGUAAGUCUUGUAUCUUUACAGCAGUUCUCUGGUAUCAUCGUGAUUCUAUUUUACAGUCAGACAAUUUUCGCGGCAACCGGAAGCACUAUUCCACCAGAACUUUCGACCAUUAUGCUAGGUACGGUACAGGUACUUGGGUGCUUUAUUCCCUCAGUUUCGGUUGACAGAUGGGGAAAAAGAUCUCUGCUCAUAAUCUCUGGAGUAGGGAUGGGACUAGCGGAAGGCGUGUUGGGCUAUUACUUCUAUUUGAAAAUGGGGGGCUCGAAUGUUCAGCCCAUUUUCUGGCUUCCGGUCGCGUGCAUGAUCAUUUUUAUUGUGGCAUAUAGCACGGGCUUUGGACCUUUGCCAUGGGCUGUAUCUGCCGAAUUGUUCACUUCGGAUGUGAAAUCUUCAGCGUCAACAGCUACAGUGUCCAUCUGCUGGCUUUUGGGCUUCGUACUUACCAAGUUCUUCGCGGAAGUUUCCGAUGCCAUUGGCAUUUCGAACUCGUUUUAUAUUUUCGGGCUGUGUUGCUUAAUAGCGGCACUGUUCGUUUAUAAAUUUCUACCGGAAACGUCAGGCAAAAGUUUACAAGAAAUCCAAGACAUAUUAAACGGAGUGAGCAAGGACAACGUCGAAAAUGCGAAAGUGUAAGAACAUAACGAGUACUAGUUAGGGCGCCACAUAACAAUUACGUUGUUGAUAAUUAAUUUAAAAUUGAUUAUACAUAAUUGAUAAAUUGUUAACUAUGUUGAUGGGCACGACUUUGCCAUCAAAAAAAAUUGUUUUACGAUUAAUACCUCGCAUGUAAUGAUAUGAAUCGAUUUAUCUUGAGUAACACUUAAGGCUACUUGGUGCGAUGACAAAUUGAUUUCUGACAUGAUGACAAGUCUUUAUUAGACAAAAAAUCUUGUAUCUGAAAUAAGAUAUGGAAUCUAAUUACAUUAAUUAUUCUGUUUUAUUUAUAAUUCUUGCUGUAUGCAGAUUUGUAAGUAAGGGUUUAGAAUAGCUGUACAUACGUACAUAUUGUAUAGUGGGUACGUAGUAAUACGAAUUAUUUAUUUAAAAAUAAUAUUUUAUAAAUAUGUACCUACAGACCUCGCAUUUGUUUGUCUGUGUGUGAUAGUAGAUGAUAAUACUAUUGUUGUUCCUGCAAUUUUAUUCAUUUGAUAAUAUUGUAUUAUUUUUUAUGGCUUGUUAAAAAAAACAUUUA